AUGUGCUACAAUCCUCCAGAAGGUCUCAUGAUUAUGUCCGACCAGCAUAAGAGUAUCGAAAAUGCUAUUAGGUCUGUCUAUCCAAAUGCAACGCAUGGAUUGUGUUAUCACCACUUGCAUAAAAAUUUGACACAAAUUGGCAAGGAAGCAUUAAUUCACUUCAAGAAUGCGGCAUAUGCUUAUCGAGUUGAAGGUUUUGGAAAAUUCUUUUCGGAGUUGGAGUUGCAAAGUCAUAGCGCUCAUACGAGGCUUUCCCUUAUUGGGGUUGAGAGGUGGUCUAGGUCGAGAAGUCCAGUACCUAGGUAUAGUUUCAUGACCUCUAAUGUUGCUGAUGUCUUGAAUUCUCGUCUAUUGUGGGCAAGACGUUUUCCAGUAUCCUCAUUGCUUGAGACUUUUCGUACUAUUGUGGAAAAAUGGUUUGAUGAGAGAUGGGCCAGCGCUAUGUCCAGACAACAUGAGUUGACAGAGGCGGCUUACAACAAGCUGACGGUGCAAGUCGAACUCGAUCAUCACCUAAGAGUGUAUGAAACCACUACACAUGUUUAUAAGGUCGAAGAGGAAAAGAGAAUUCACCAAGUUGACCUUGUGACUCGUACAUGCGAAUGUCGUGAGUUUGAUGAGGAUAAGAUUCUAUGUCGUCACGAUGUUGCCGCUAUUAGGUAA